GGCUUGGGCAGUGUUGCACCAGGGGCAACUCCUGUUCUACAACAUGGAAGAUGAUGCAGUACCCGAGGAGAUCCUGGAUCUCGCCAACUACUGUUUAGUUCCACAGUGUAGACGAAUGCAGGGCUCUACAAGAAAUCGUCUAUCCCUAGACCUGGGCACCAGGGAACCCUGUUCUGCGCCUGGAGGCAUCUCCUCAUUGAAUGUCCUCAUCCUGAAAGACCAGAUGGGCAAAAAAGCAAUCCACCUGUCAGCUGAAAGCAAAGAGGCCAGAGAAGAGUGGGUUGCAGCAAUCAUCAAGUCAUCAGCAAUUGAUGCAUCCCUGCAGUCACUUACCCUCAAUGGUUUGGAUCUGGACUCCAGUGGAAGAAAUACUUUCUCAGGUGUCUGUCUCGGGGAUCCCCGACCCAGAAAACCUAGCAUGAACCCCGACGUUCGCCAGAAGCUGAUUUGGGACCUGAUAGCCUCCAAGCAUGUACCGAAGUAUCACCGAGACAGGCGAAGCGGACAGGACCAGAAACGCUUUGCAGACAUCUCUAAUCGCUACGAGAGGGCAGAACACGCAGCACAGCGAGAUGGUCUUCGUCAGAUGGUCCAACUCCAGCAACGGAAAAUCUCCGCUGCUCUCAAGUUGGACGGGAUGUUCCGCAGUAGAAGACUGGUGCGACGCGCAACAAGUGCUGCAGCAGAACCUGCAGCGGGGUUUGAGUCGCAAUUGAAAGAGCUGAAAGACAAGCUGAUGGCGUUGGACAGAAAUCUGCGGCGGACACACCGCGAGACCCGCAACAAGCUUGUCAAGUUGAGCACUCAGAAGGCCUUAGAAAUGCACGCCCUGACAACCUUGGGUGUCAUGGGCGGAUCAGGGUUCAACACGAAGUUGGUGAAGUGCAGUAGAAGAUACAGCGAGCAACCUGGGCACCGCUUUUGGGCCCCCAUCACUCGACCGAAAGCCGUCUCAACUGCAGGCUUAUACAAGUACAAUCCCAGAACACCGGAGACUAGUUCGGACGCAUGGAAAGAAAUAGCAGCGUUCGAAAGAUUCGCGAAAAACUUCUUCGCCAAGCGGGGACAGCUAGAAAUGUACCUGUCCAUGUUCCAGGAA